UUCAAAACAUUUGCUUGUCCCAGUGAGGCUGUGAUGUAUAUUUUUACAAGUGAUAUCAUUAAUAAAUUAAGGUGAGGCUGCCCUCAAGAUAGCAGAACGUUAAAGUGAGUCUUCUAAGUAACCAAGUGGAAACACAGAAUGAUUUGAUUUGGGGCGAUAUGGCUUCCGAGGUUUUAUACACAAAACCAAACCAAAUAUUACCUUCUAUUUUUAAAUAAAACGUCUUGUUGAACACAUGCAUUGCUCUGGAAAUGGUGGAGAGUAUGGUCGGGAAAGAAAGCACAAACUUUUAUUUGGGCGAUUUGUGCGAGACUGAUUCUGUGGAUGGCGCAGUCCGUACUCAUUCUUGGCUUGGCGAGGACGAGCCAUCAGUGUUCAUCAAGAGAGUAGACUCUGAUUUAAUUAUUUAUCAACCAAAGAAAAGAAAAGCUAAGACAAUUGGAAAAUAUUUAAUGGGUGACAUGCUAGGCGAAGGGUCAUAUGGCAAAGUAAAAGAACUAUUAGACAUGGAAACGUUAAAAAGACGUGCGGUGAAAAUUAUGAAAAAACGAAGAUUAAGACGGAUACCAAACGGCGAGGAAAAUGUGCAGAGGGAGUUUAGGUUACUAAAGAGAUUAAAACAUAGAAAUGUCAUAGAACUAAUUGAUGUAAUUUACAAUGAAGAAAAAGAGAAAUUAUAUAUGAUUCUUGAAUAUUGUGUUGGAGAAUUACAAGAAAUGCUCGAGAGUAUUGACAGCCACAAGUUUCCAAUUUGGCAAGCCCAUGGGUACUUUGUUCAGCUGCUGGAUGGCUUGGAAUACCUCCAUGGACAAGGAGUAAUUCAUAAAGAUAUUAAACCUAGCAAUUUACUGCUUGCAACUGAUGGUACUUUAAAAAUCAGUGACUUUGGUGUUGCUGAGAGGUUAGAUAUGUUUGCCCCUGAUGACACUUGCUGGACGAGCCAGGGUUCACCGGCAUUUCAACCUCCCGAAGUUGCAAAUGGUCUAGAAUCAUUCUCUGGUUUUAAAUUGGAUAUAUGGGCAGCGGGUAUUACACUAUAUAAUAUAACAACUGGUCUGUACCCAUUUGAAGCAGAUAAUAUCUACAAACUUUUUGAAUGUAUUGGGAAAGGAGAGUUUACAAUACCAACAGAUGUAGACUCUAGUUUAGAAAGCCUCUUGCGAGGUAUGUUAGAACGAGACGCGUCAGAAAGACUAUCCUUACAAGACAUCAGACAGCACCAUUGGGUAAGAAAGAAACACCCGGCUACUGGUGAUUACGUACCAAUGCCACCAUUGCAAGAUGGUGAUCCAUUUCGUAGCAUGAGUGUCGUUCCAUAUCUUGAAGAUUUGCAUAGUCCAGACAGUGGUUCAACCUCGCUCGUUGAUGAAGCCGAGACUCCUUUAGCAGACGUUGAGGAACCACAAGACAGUCCGGAGUUGAUGCAAGUCUCAAAGAAAAAGAAAUCAAAAAAGAAAGGAAGUUUUGCUUCAUUGUUACCUCAUUCGUGUAUCCAUGGUAACAGGUGAACGAGUAAACUGUUGUCAUGAAAUAAUGCAAGAAUAUAAUAAUUGUAUACAGCUUUUGCCAUUGGCAUUGCUAUAUAAAAAAACUAUAGCAUCUUUGAAAGGUUAGAAUUUUGACUCAUAUUUGUACAUAAUGUUUAAUAAUUUAUUUGUAUUAUUUCUGUUUGGAUAAUCUAGUUCCAUUCAGUCGUAAAUCUUGUGUCCAGGGAAU